CCCUCCCCUCCCCUCCCUCCCUCCCUCCCCUCCACUCCAACACUGCCCUUAACGCCCUUCUCUUUCCUUCUGCUACACAUCAACUCCUCUUCUCUCCUCUCACCUUCAACUCGCCCACACCUACCGCCAUGUCAGAGUACAUUGGAUCACGUAUAUCUCUCGUCUCGAAGAGCGACAUCCGAUAUGUCGGAACGCUCGUCGAAAUCAACUCAGAACAGUCCACAGUCUCACUCGACAAUGUGCGCUCAUACGGUACUGAGGGCCGUCGCGGCGGCAAGGACGAGUUCCCGCCAUCAGACGUCGUCUACGAUCAGAUUGUGUUUCGUGGUAGCGACGUGAAGGAUCUGCGCAUCGAGGAGCCAGCAAAGCCAAAAGCUGCGCCGCCCCCAAUGCCUGACGACCCAGCCAUCAUUGGAGUCCAACAACCGCAAUCACGCCAAGAAACACCUCAGAACCAGCAGCGUCCCCAGCAACCGCCGCAACCCCAGCAAGCUCCAAAUUUCCCACAACAUGGCCAAUUCCCGCCCGGUUACCCACCCUAUGGCGGCCCUUUCCAGAAUCGUUUUGGGCCGCAGGGUGGCUUUCCAGGAGGCCCUCCAGGAGGACCUGGUCCAUUCCCAGGUGGAUAUGGCAUGCCAGGUCCGUAUGGAGCACCACCUGGUUGGUAUGGUCCUGGCCAAGGAUUCAAUCAGCCACCAGGCCCGUUCUCACCUCCGAUGCCAAUUGGCCCUACCGGACAGCAGAGCCAGAACCAACCACCGCAAGCUCCUAAGGGCAGCGCAGCUCCUAUUGGUCCGCUCCUAAACAAAGAUGAGAAGCCAACUACCCAACCCAAAGUCGCAGAGGCAGACUGUGUGACUGGACAAACCGAGAUCAAGACCGGUCCGAAACCCACGGGUCAAACUCCUCCGGCUGGAGCUGCGAAGCACCCACCUCCGCCGCCCGUUGAGUCCAAGCCAGAUGUUGCAGCCGCCCUCGCCCCACCCCCGACGCGGCCGGCUCAACCUCCAUCAGCCCCGAAGGCUGCACCAACAGGUCCCAAGGCUAAUCGCAUAGUCCCAGCCGUUCCUCUCCCAAGUCCCGGUAUGCACAAGACCGCACCGCACACUGCACCUGCCCAAGCCUCAGCGCCAACUCCAGCCACACAACCACCUCAAGCAGCACCGGCCAACGCCCAGCAGUAUCAAGACGCUACUCAAGCAGCAACUGCCGCAGUUGCCGCCGCUAUGGCAAAGAUGGACCUUGGACGAGGAAAAGCUCCACCACAGAACCGAACUUCUGGAGAAGUCCCUCUAGACAACCUCGCGAAGAAAGUGAACGAGAUGCGCGCAGACGAUCAAAUCCGCCAUGGCAGACAUCCUGGAACCGGAGGAUUCGCAGCCGGUCAUCGAGGACGAGGUGGCCGGGGCGGUCGUGGCCAUCACCAUCACGUCAAAAUGGAAGUUCCGGACACCGAUUUCGACUUCGAGUCCUCGAACGCCAAGUUCAACAAGCAGGACCUUGUCAAGGAAGCUAUUGCAUCCGGCUCUCCCCUCGGCGGCGACGUCGCUUCAUCACCAACAACCGAAGCCAACCUUAACGGCCAUGCAAACGGAAAUACAUCUACGGACCAACCCGAAAAGGAAGUCGUCAUCCCCGCCCCAGCGGCAUACAACAAGGGAACCUCCUUCUUUGACAACAUCUCAAGCGAACUGAAAGACCGAGAAGAGGCGGCGAAUCGCCGAGGACAGGAGUUUAGGUCCGAGGAGCGGAGGAAGAAUAUGGAGACAUUUGGUCAAGGUAGUGUGGAUGGUUAUAGAGGUGGUUACAGGGGACGGGGUCGUGGCCGUGGCCGUGGACGCGGGUAUGGAGGAUACCGUCCGCGUGGUGGAGCGUCUAGGGGUCGAGGUGGGAUGGGUGCUGGAGUGGUUGAGGAGUCAUAGUAGAUAUUGGGGGUUCGAUGCGUAGGGUGGGGAGUUUAAGACGUGAACAUGUGCUUAAUGAUAGCAGCAAAGGAUGAUGCCUGACGACGGGUGGCCGGAGUGUGUCA